GUCCACUGAUAAUUCAUUUACGUUCCAUUUACUGGUACUAGGGGAUCGUGUACACACAGGAAGUGUACAGCUGUCCCACUUUAUAGUUAUGAGACCUGGUUCCUCCAUUCUGAGGACCUCAAGCGUCUUCAAACUUUUGAUGGCCGGUAUCUUUUUAGCUAAGCAAGAGUUAGCUGGCUGCAGCAAGGUAGUUCGGCGAGGUAGUGCGCAACGAAUCGGGGCUUUAAAGAAGCGGAUUAGACCCAUCAGGUUGGAGUGGCUGGGACGUGUAUUACUUAUUUCCAACCACCGUCUACCAAUGAAGAAGUUGUUUUCUGUCCCAAAUGGGUUGGUGAUAGCGAUGUGCAUACCGGAAGAUCAUGGUGCUGCUUCCGUAUCUUCUGUCCACGGCAUUUACAACCGGAAUCCUGUUUUAUUUUCGAUUCAGUCCUCGUCUUCAUCUCGACAGUUAUCUUUGCUUGAAACAGCCAAUCACACACCACUUCAGGUGCUCUCUCGUGCCUUCUCAGCUCUAGGAUAUCCAAUCUACCAACCGCCACCUAUACUCAGUAUUGACUCUCGCAAACCGAGAUCGUCAUACGCCUAUAUUUUGCUCUUUUUGUUCCUGUGGCGGAUUAGUUGUGUCGCAGGUACCGGCAGAAGUCCAGGAGUGAGUUCUGACCCUCGUCGUCGGCCUGCAAGUAAUUUGGCACCAAACACCUCACUACUGCGGUAUUCGUCCACGCAGAUGCCUCCCAAUUCGAACGUUUUUUGGACGGUGGAUGAUCCAAAUGGUCACUUUCUAGUCGCCAAGUAUCAGGCACGCAAACUCCAACGGAAAGUUCAUGCUGCUACUGAUUUACCUGAACCGAAAUCACUAAAUUCGGAAAUGACGGAUUUCAUUUGCUACCGGCUGCCCGAUUCUUGUGCUCGAGCUGCCUAUCUUCGUCAGCAUGUGAGGCAUAUAUUGUGUCCAGAACUACCGUUGUUAUAUAUUCUUCCCUAUAUAUCACACUGGAUCAAUCGCUCGGAUUUCACUUUCAUUCCUCGACAUAGUGAUUGUGAUGGAGGUCUUCGCAAUCUGGUAUAUGCGAAGGCGGAUAGUGCGUUCGAACCGUGGCUCAGUCCGUCAUCAACCUGCGAACGCAGUCUUUCUGAGCUCGACCGACUGCUCUGGGAGAGAUUGCAUGUGGAGAUAAGCAACCUUGAAGGAAUACUUGAACAUUCCUUUUGCAAAACCGUCUCAUGUACAGAUUCAAAUGAGGCUGGAGAAUUUUGCUGUGAUAAAUGUUCGUCAAAAUGGCUGGUGCGUGUGUGCGCGCUUGCGUGCGUGGAUAAUUCGUGGCGUCCGGAUGUGUCGAUGGACGCACAACACACGCGCGUAAAGUCUGAUAAUCGAUUUGCCAAGGCUUUGCUCAUCCGAGCACGAAACGUUGGUCACGUCAACAACAUCAUCAUCAACAACAACAACGCCACCACAGUGACUCCAUCCGACUCACAAGGAGCUCUUGUAUUUCGGUCAAAUUUCUAUCGUUUUGCUGCCAUUCCUCGCCUGUCUUCACAGACCGCCUACAGAAAUUGGCUGUGCGCGGUGGAAUUUCCUCUGUUCAUCCCAAUGGAGGGAUUUGGUUCGACUCCCACUGCGCGACCUCUGUUCCCACCCGAAUCCUGUCAGUCCUCUCUGUUGGAACAGACGGUAUCCAGCUACGACCUGUCGCCGGACCCGUCCACACAUUCGCCGUUGGUGACACAGUCCAAUACGUCUUCUACAGUCCCCCGGUUUUCCCACACACCACAAACUCUGGGAUCUGCACAAUCAACCUAUCGGCUUGUAGUUGUUUGUGCACAUGACUAUUGGUGUACACAAGUGGAAACCUUUUGUCCUUAUUUGAACCCUUCCAAUUUGACCUCGAAUGGUGGGGAGCCCGGAUUUCUCUGUCACGAGAGUCAUUAUCAUCACAGCUCAUUAUACCAACACCAAGAGAACAACCGGUGUCCAACGGAUUGUCGAUAUAAUCAGAUGGAUUUACGCGAGCUUUCAAUACCAAAGUUCAAUCGGUCUGCUUCUCGUGAUGCGUCCGAGUCAAAACCAUGUGAGAGCCUACAGGACCGAUGUCAUUUCGGUCAUCGUUCCUUCCAGAAUUCGGAUGUACGAGAUGAUUUUACUUCUUCAGAAUCAUUCCAGUCACCAAGAAGCGACGUUCCUGCUAUUUCGAACACUUCUGUUGCGAUGAGUUCGGCGUCCAGUAAAUAUCACUUCCGUAUGCGUAAUUCGCUAUAUUGUUGGUGUCUGUUACCUGUCCUUCUGUGUAUACUCUGCCCCUCUUUGCCAAGAACUCAGCCUAUGAUAAUCUUUCUCGAACACUGUUCAAAGCCGACGGCUCUUUCAAUACGCACCUCCAAUGUGAGAGUCCCUUCCGAUUAUCUAUGCCAAGUUUCGCACUCAACUCGUUCUAGUUCAGUCACAUGACUGUUUUAUGCAACCUCUUCGUGGUUUCCCGCAGCAAAGACCCAGUAAUGUAGCACAGCUAGAACCCAGUCUUCCAUCGGCGGACGCUUCGUGAAGCUCUCACCACCCUUCCGAAACAGCUCACUUGCGGAUGGAAAUGUACAUUGAAAAGUUUCCUUCCCUCUUUCUCACUCAUCUCUAUAGAAUUCAACUAGCGCGUGAUAGCGAGGAUUAUUCCGUUCAUUUCAGCGGCAAGUCAGUUUGUUUUAGCCGUAUGUCUUAACUACGGAUUCGUAGUGCACCAAUCGUUGCUUGUCGGUGAUCUAAUCACUUUCUUUUCGUCGUUUUCAUUUCCAUCUAUUUCCAGUUCAAUCGAUUCUUCUAUUAAGGAUUCGAUUGUCAUCAUUUCUCUUCUGCUGGUUCUCUGGUUCUGCACGCUCCGUUAUCUAACCUCGGCAUCUAUCAUAGACUUUUUUGUGCUGCUGUAAAUUUGACAGCAUAUCCUCGUUACGCACGUGUGUGUGCUCAGCGGCCCCGUCCUCACUGCUCGCUGCCUUAUCAUAGCCAAGUUUUGUAGUUGUGUGACGAGGAUUCAAACUGUUGAUUAGUAUCCCCCCACCCACAUGUAAAAAUGCGUACUUUUGUCUUUCUACAUCCAACCUUCCCCUCGUAAAUAACGCUGCACCUCUGUACAAGUCUCACAUCCUUUUUCACCUAUUGCCAAGCUGUUUGCUUGGAUUCCUGAAUACCUUACAUAGCUGGAUAGUAGUGAAUGCUCCGUGCACCAUACUUGCUUAAACCAGUCCGGUCAGACGUCUCCACUAGUUUUGACAGUAGAUUUUCCCAUAUGGCACAAUUUUCAUGGGACGGUUACGUUUACUAUGCCUAUGAAUCGACCCAUGAAAAGCACUUUGCCUUCCGCUAGUCGGAGUCUCUGUCGGUCGACCUCGUGCACAAUACGUUGCGUAAGCCGACCACCAACUCCUUCCGCACCCUAAUUCUCAUGCAGUUGAUUUCGUUUUAUAUUCGUCUAGUUAUUUUGCACGGUAUAUUCGAGUCUGGGUUUAUCUUAUCUAUACAUAAUAGGCCUGUUGCGCUGCUGCACCUGCACGCGUUCCCAUCUACCCCAUCGUUCACCCUCAGCUGCUGCGUUCGUCCCACCCCAGUCCUCUUAUCGCUUCUAUUUUAGCGCCCUAGAUUCUGCUGCCACCGUAUUUCCACUAUUCUGCUUGUGUAUAAAUAAAAUAAACUGUUCAACG